AUGACUUAUUCAUGUGCUGAGGACGGGGCCCAGGGUUCAGCAGCGAGAGGCGGCUCCACCUCCAGCAGCGAGAGGCGGCUCCACCUCCAGCAACGAGAGGCGGCUCCACCUCCAGCAACGAGAGGCGGCUCCACCUCCAGCAGCGAGAGGCGGCUCCACCUUCAGCAGCGAGAGGCGGCUCCACCUUCAGCAGCGAGAGGCGGCUCCACCUUCAGCAGCGAGAGGCGGCUCUACCUCCAGCAACGAGAGGCGGCUCCACCUCCAGCAGCGAGAGGCGGCUCCACCUCCAGCAGCGAGAGGCGGCUCCACCUCCAGCACCGAGAGGCGGCUCCACCUCCAGCAGCGAGAGGCGGCUCCACCUCCAGCAGCGAGAGGCGGCUCCACCUCCAGCAGCGAGAGGCGGCUCCACCUUCAGCAUCGAGAGGCGGCUCCACCUUCAGCAGCGAGAGGCGGCUCCACCUUCAGCAGCGAGAGGCGGCUCUACCUCCAGCAACGAGAGGCGGCUCCACCUCCAGCACCGAGAGGCGGCUCCACCUCCAGCAGCGAGAGGCGGCUCCACCUCCAGCAGCGAGAGGCGGCUCCACCUCCAGCAACGAGAGGCGGCUCCACCUUCAGCAGCGAGAGGCGGCUCCACCUUCAGCAGCGAGAGGCGGCUCCACCUCCAGCAACGAGAGGCGGCUCUACCUCCAGCAACGAGAGGCGGCUCCACCUCCAGCAACGAGAGGCGGCUCCACCUUCAGCAGCGAGAGGCGGCUCCACCUUCAGCAGCGAGAGGCGGCUCUACCUCCAGCAACGAGAGGCGACUCCACCUCCAGCAACGAGAGGCGGCUCCACCUUCAGCAACGAGAGGCGGCUCCACCUUCAGCAGCGAGAGGCGGCUCCACCUCCAGCAGCGAGAGGCGGCUCUACCUCCAGCAACGAGAGGCGGCUCCACCUUCAGCAGCGAGAGGCGGCUCCACCUUCAGCAACGAGAGGCGGCUCCACCUUCAGCAGCGAGAGGCGGCUCCACCUUCAGCAGCGAGAGGCGGCUCUACCUCCAGCAACGAGAGGCGGCUCCACCUUCAGCAGCGAGAGGCGGCUCUACCUCCAGCAGCGAGAGGCGGCUCCACCUCCAGCAGCGAGAGGCGGCUCCACCUCCAGCAGCGAGAGGCGACUCCAUCUUCAGGAAACGUUACACACUUCACCAUAAACAUCACUCUCCAGGCGCCUGGGAAAGUUGUCAGGGACGUGGCGCCCAAACCACAAACAACUCAGGCCGAUCAGAGCGAAGCCGGCGCUAACGCAGACUACGCUAACGCAGACUACGCUAACGGAGACGACGCUAAUGGAGACGACGCUAACGCAGACUUCGCUAACGUAGACUACGCUAACGCACGGCUAUCAACGUCCAGACGGUGA